AUGACAUCCUUAUCUUCACUUUGUCAAGUUUGUGGUGAUUUAGCUAAACGAAAUCAGAGUUCUAUUAUCUCAUGUUUAUCAUGUCGAUCAUUUUUCCGAAAAUAUUCAUCAUUGUCACGAAACAUUUUGUAUUGUCAAAACAAUUGGAAUUGUCGUAUAACAUCAAUAACACGAAUGAAAUGUGCAGCUUGUCGUCUAAAGAAAUGUUUUUUAAUUGGAAUGAAUAUGAAUUUAAAUAAUUAUAAUAAUCGAUAUGUUGUAUCUUCAUCUAAUCAACAACCAUUUCUUUAUAAUGAACAAUUGAAAUUCACAACAGAACAAUGGUAUGUCUUUUCAAAUUUCAUUUCGAUUGAUAAUAAUGUUAAUUCGAUAAAUUCUAUUGAAUAUUUACUUGAACAUCAGUUCUCUUUACCGAUUAAAUUACGUUUCAAAUCUACAAUUAUUUUCAAUAUCAUUCGAAUAUUUCUUCAAAAUAAUCAACUAAUCCUCAAACGUUUAUCUCAUUAUCAAUUAUUAUCCGUGAUUUCUUAUCGAAUGUUAUUCAAACGAAAUUGUUUAAGUAUUGCAAUGUUUCACGGAUUUGUCGUUGCACAUCAACUCAAAAUAGAAGAACACGACAUACUUCAAGCUGCUCUUGUGCAAAUUUGUGGAUCUACUUGGAUCAACAAAGUCAAAUCGAUCUAUCGACAAUUCGAAUCGAAUGUUAUAUUUAUUAAAUUGAUGAUUUUUGUUUUGAAUUUUUCAACGAAUUUAUCCGUUGUUACUUUCGAUGAGAAAGAAGAUUUAAAACAAAUGAUAUACACGAGACAAUUCAUUCCUAUUCAAGAUAUUUAUGUAACAAUCUUAUGGAAAUACAUGAUUUAUCGAUGUGGUUUUUAUGAAGCUAUUAAACAGUAUGAUAAAUUAGUUAAAAAUAUCAUCGACAUUUUAUAUAAUAAUCACGAAAAAUUAGAUGAAGAUGAUUUGUAUUCAUGGACAAGCAAUGCUUUUCUGCGUCACAUUGAACACUCAUUGAUUAUUUAA